AUGCGCAUUGGCGAAGGCCUACAAGUACACCUACACUUUAAUUUGAAGGAGAUCAAAGAGAGAUUUGCUUAUCAGCGGUCUGUGGAUCAUUAUAAGUCCUACAUGCGGAGACUGGAGGUCACAACUCAGCAAUCUCAGCAAAGUGAGAAGGAUGCUACUGGCUCUGCUGCUUCAGUCGUCAAUCUCGAUGCGUCAACUGUUGAUCCCGAAGAAGGCGUUAAUUUGAGGCUGCAGGUGCAGAAGCUCACUCGGAGCCUUCAUGAUCAGGCUCAAGAGCUGAACAAAACUCGGGAGAACUAUUGGGAGAUCCUCACAUGCGUGACAGACACGAAUGAGCUCAGACAAAGGCAUUGGGGUUCUUGGGUCUCUGAAAUUCGCCACCCUAUUUUGAAAACAAGGAUAUGGCUUGGAACGUUUGAGACAGCAGAAGAUGCAGCAAGAGCGUACGAUGAAGCAGCAAGGUUGAUGUGUGGAACAAGAGCCAGAACCAACUUCCCUUACAACCCUGAUUCCUCUCACUCCACGCCAUCUAAGCUUCUCUCUGCUACUUUAACCGCUAAGCUUCACAGGUGUUACAUGGCCUCUCUUCAAAUCACUAGACCUUCUCCCAACAACAAUGGCGCCUUUUCCACUGCACCAACACCCACCAUCCAACAGAAGAGACCACACAAGGAUGAACAACAGCAACAGCAACAGCAACAAGAACAACAAUGUUCAUCUUCAUUGGAAGAUGGCAACUGGGUUUCCAUGAAGAAGGUUAAAGUGGAAAAUCAUGAGUUUAUUAAGCCUCUUGAAGAAGAUCACAAUCACAUUGAGCAAAUGAUUCAGGAGUUGCUUCAUUAUGGCUCCAUUGAGCUCUGUUCUCUUUAAUUUCAUUUGCUCCCGAGAUCAAUUAUUAUUCUGCUAAUUUUUAACUUAAUUUAGAUUAUGAUGAUUAUCUUUAAUUUCAGGUCCUUAAUAUCAUCUAUAUUUAAAGUGACCUUUUUCUUUCUUUUUGUAGACAAUGCUGUCUAUGUACCCCCUUUUCUAUGUAUAGCCAAUCCAAUCAUAUUCCAAUAUCUUCAAUUAA